AUUAAAACAUGGAUAAUGAUUAUUAUGAUUUUCUCGAUCAUUCAUUAGAUUAUAAACCUAAAAAGAGAGGACAAAGAGGUAUCAUCUUAAUACAUUAAUUUUAGCUUUAACUGAUUAAGAGAUCAUAGUGAGAGAAAGAAUGAAACUUGUUAAAAAUAGAGAAUCAGCAAAAAAUAGUCGUAAGAGAAAAAAAAUGUAUGUUGAUCUUUUAGAAAAUAAAGUAAUUUUUUUCUAUAUAAAUUAAUCAGGUAGCUGGUUUAAAUUAAUAGUUACAGGAAUACAAAUUAUUAUAAGAAUAAAGUUAAUCAUUUUUAGCAAACACUCAAUUUUAAUUAUUUUUUGGAAAAUCACAAAAUAAAUAAGAUUAAUUGAAUCAUUAUUUAAAUGAAAUUUAUGAGCAAACUAUUCCUUAACUUGCUUUACAUAUAAAAUAAAAAAAUCCGAAUCCAGUCUUAGAAUUUUGUUUCUUAAAUUUUCAUAAUUGUUUCAAUGAUAUGAAUAUUAUCAAAGAAGAAAUGAUUUAAGAAUUAAAAUAAACAGAGGAUACUAUGAAAAUUGCCAAAGAAAUUCCAGAAUUCUAAAGAUUUAUUGAACAUGUUAAAAACCUUGAUUAUAAAAAUUAAUUAGAUAAUAUAGAAGAAGUAUAAUUUUGUUUAAUCAAGGAUUUGGGAACUAUCAUUAAAACCAAUGAUUUAAUUAUGUCGGUUAUGGAAGUUUUUGAAUUAUACAAUAAAUCUUUUCAAUUAUCUAAGAAACACAAAAUAAAUUGA